GUUUUGCUUCCGCUGCCAAUUUACCUGCUCUCUAAUAGGAUCAGAGGCAAUGGGACCCACCUGACACAGGAAGAGUAUCGCGUCCGUCACGAUCGGGUACCGGACCUUGUCGGCACGUACAGAGGAGGAGCAGAUCGGGGUACAUCUUGUUUCCGUCGUAUAAAGGCAGGCUUCUUCCGAUCCGGUGAUAGCACUGGCCGUAGUGGACGCGAUGGCGAUCCCGAUCCCGAUCCCGCAUCGGCAGCUGUUCAUCGACGGCGAGUGGAGUGAGCCCCUCCGAGGCAAGCGUUUGCCAAUAAUCAACCCCGCCACCGAGGAGUCUAUCGGGGAUAUUCCGGCAGCCACCGUGGAGGAUGUGGAACUGGCGGUUGCGGCCGCCCGGAGGGCGCUCACCCGGAAUAAGGGUACGGACUGGGCCCGUGCCCCAGGCGCCGUACGUGCCAAGUACCUCCGAGCCAUCGCUGCCAAGAUAAUCGAGAAGAAAUCUGAGCUGGCUUUAUUGGAAUCACUUGAUUGUGGGAAGCCUCUGGAUGAAGCGGCUUGGGACAUGGAUGAUGUUGCUGGUUGUUUUGAGUUUUAUGCCGAUCUUGCAGAAGCCUUAGAUGCGAAACAAAGAGCUCCACUCUCUCUUCCUAUGCAAACAUUUAAGUGCUACAUUCUGAGAGAACCUAUUGGAGUUGUUGGGCUGAUUACUCCUUGGAACUAUCCUCUAUUGAUGGCUGCAUGGAAGGUUGCUCCUGCUUUGGCUGCUGGAUGUACAGCUGUUUUGAAGCCCUCAGAACUAUCUUCCGUGACCUGUUUGGAGCUUGCUCGAGUCUGUAAAGAAGUAGCACUGCCACCUGGUGUGCUAAAUGUUGUGACUGGUUUAGGUCCAGAAGCUGGUGCUCCUUUGGCAUCUCAUCCUCAUGUGGAUAAGGUUGCAUUUACUGGAAGUACCGAAACUGGUAAAAAAAUAAUGACAUCUGCUGCCCAAAUGGUUAAGCCUGUUUCAUUGGAGCUAGGGGGUAAAAGUCCUAUUAUUGUGUUUGAAGAUGUUGAGGUUGAAAAAGCUGUUGAGUGGACACUUUUUGGAUGCUUUUGGACAAAUGGUCAGAUCUGCAGUGCAACUUCUCGCCUUCUUCUGCAUGAAACCAUCGCAGAAGAAUUUCUUGGGAAGCUUGUAACAUGGGCCAAAAACAUCAAAGUCUCAGAUCCAUUGGAAGAAGGUUGCAGGCUUGGUCCUGUGGUUAGUGAAGGACAGUAUGAAAAGAUAAACAAGUUUAUUUCAACUGCAAAAAGUGAAGGGGCAACUAUUCUAUGUGGAGGUGGACGCCCACAGCAUUUAGAGAAAGGGUAUUUUGUUGAACCAACAAUUAUAACAAAUGUGGAAACAUCUAUGCAAAUUUGGAGAGAGGAAAUUUUUGGGCCUGUUCUUUGUGUUAAGACAUUUAGGACUGAAGAAGAAGCUAUUGAACUUGCAAAUGAUACUCAUUAUGGCUUGGCAGGCGCUGUGAUUUCUAAAGAUACUGAGCGUUGCCAGCGAAUAUCUGAGAUGAUUCAAGCGGGAGUUAUUUGGGUAAACUGCUCGCAACCCUGCUUCUGUCAAGCUCCUUGGGGAGGAACCAAGCGCAGUGGUUUUGGGCGUGAACUUGGUGAAUGGGGGCUGGAUAACUACUUGAGCGUCAAGCAGGUCACCGAAUACAUAUCAGAUGACCCGUGGGGCUGGUAUCCGUCUCCAUCCAAGCUGUAGACACAACGAGGACCUGCCCGGGCGUGAUCAAUCUCACCAACCAUCUGCAUCGUUCCAAGUGGUCGUGGAACUUCAAGUAAACUAUGCGAGAUGCAUUUUAGUCGCUACUAUAUGCCACUGCACUUGAGUUCCGAAACCUACAUGCUGUGCUACCCGUUCCUUUUUCUGGAAUGGCUUCGUUUGGGAGU